AUGACCCUGAGAACAGGCAGGGUCAGGCCCCCUUCCCCUCUGCCCUCCCUUCAGCGGAGCCUGGGGGCUGUCCCGCCUCCGGGCUCAGCCUGGGCCGUGUGCUGGCAGGAGCUGGAAGCCAUCAGACUGAAGCUGUGGGCCAUGGAGCAGGCCCAGCGACCGGAGCCGCCCGGGGAGCAGGGCCCAGAGGGGGAAGAGGAAGACGCCAGGGCCCUGCUGGCCGGGAAGCUGCUGAGCCCCGAGACGGACAGCCCCACGGAGGCGGUGGAGGCCGAUCACAGAUCCGUCUACGUGGGCAACGUGGACUACGGGGGCACAGCCCAGGAGCUGGAGGCCUAUUUCAACCACUGCGGGGAGAUCCAGCGGGUCACCAUCCUGUGCGACAAGUUCUCCGGACACCCCAAGGGGUCGGUUGGGGCUUCGGGGAGGGGCCGGGCGCCCGGGGGGCGGGGACACCUCUGUGUGGGUGAGCGUGGCCCUCACCUGCCUCUGCCCUGCCCCAGCUAUGCAUACAUAGAGUUUGCCACCGAGAGCUCGGCCCAGGCCGCUGUGGAGCUGGACAAGAGCGUCUUCCGAGGCCGGGUCAUCAAGGUGCUGCCCAAAAGAACCAAUUUACCAGGGAUCAGCUCCACGGACCGCGGGGGCCUUCGGGGACACCCAGGCGCCAGCGGGGGACCCUUCCCCCACAGCAACUUCCAGGGCGGGGCCCGUUUCAGACCACGGGGGCGGAACCGGUGGGCCGGGCCCUGGGAGGGCGGGAUCCUAUUGGAGCGGGGCCCGGUGGGCGGGGCUCUGUUGGGCCUGGCUGGGUCCGGUGGGCGGAGCCCUGGAGGCCGCUCGCCCCCCGGCCUCUCUCCGGGCAGGGGGCGCGGAAGAUUCUCGCCGUGGUAUUCACCGUAUUGAAGGGAGGGCCCGAUUUUGAGAGUGGGGCUGCCGCUGGGUCAGGAGUAGACAGCCGUGCUCCUCGUGCGACCAUUUACUCCGCGCAGAAUAACUAUCCGUCCCCCUUCCCUC